GUGCCCUCACUUCUACAUGUGGCAGAAUUCUUCCACAUGAUCGCGGUAAAACACGCGUGGAUCGGUUGUCGAGACAUUUCAUCCAGCUCUUUCCAACGUUUGGGGAUCAAGUCGGCAGCCAUUGUGCUAUUUCAUUUACGCCAUUCCUCCGUCAUGCACGCUUCGUCCACGGAACCACUGCCGUACGCUGCCACGUCGACCCCGACGGCGAUCGCGUCGCUGCUCGACGACGUCGACCUGUUUGGCUUGCACGGCCUCGAGCCCCUCAGCGCCGUCACACUCGAUCAAGUGCUGUCGGAAGUCGACAUGACGGCGUCCGACCUGCUCAAGUUUACCUAUUCCGAACCAUUCAAGCCAAAGUUGGACUGCCACGAUAAAACCCUCCCUCUUGUCCAGCUCACGGCGUACGACUCGUCGGGGGCCCAAGUCAAAUUUGAAACCCUCUCGACUCGGUCCACCACCUCGGCCGACUCUUGGAGCUCCCGACGCAAAUUGUGUUCGACGGAAGGGUGCGGGCGCGUCGUGCGAUCGCGGGGCUAUUGCAAGAAACAUGGCGGUGGCAAGCCAUGCAUGAUGGAAGGUUGUCGAAAGGAAGCCCAAAACGGAAGCUUUUGUAUCGGCCACGGCGGGGGCAAGUGCUGCAAAGUCGACGACUGUGCCAAUGCCGCGCAGUCCCAAGGACUGUGUAAAGCACACGGUGGAGGCGCCCGCUGCAAACACUACGGGUGCAAGAAGAGCAGCCAAGGGGGCGGCUUUUGCCGAGCUCAUGGAGGUGGGAAACGAUGCAUGGAGCCCGGAUGUACCAAAGGGGCCCAGCGGGGAGAUCGUUGUGCCAAACAUGGGGGGUGCAGAUCGUGCUCUGUUCAGGGGUGCGGUCGCACGGACCGUGGGGGCGGGCUUUGCGAAAUCCACCGACAGGACAUGACAUGCAGCGUCGACGGGUGUAAACGCCUUGGGAAGACGCUCGGAAUGUGCACAGUGCAUGUUCGCCAAGUUCGCAACUCGACGGGAGCCCCAUAGCCAUGUAUUUGUGCAAAAACUUCAGUUCUUAUUUAUCGUCC